UAUUUAUACAUUAUCUUUUUGGUCGAUUUUUCUAAUCAAAAGCAUUUGGUUUUGCAAACAUCUUAAGCGGAUUGGAAAACAUUUUUUUAUGUAUAUUUUUAUCCACACAAAACGAUACACUUCAUCGUCGUGGUUUAAAAAAAACACAAAUAAAACUGGGAUAACAUUCCUUUUCCCUAUCCUCGCCCCGUGUACGGAGCAGUUAAACCCCGGUUGGUAAUUUAAUUUAUUUCGUAAUCCUCUACCCAGCACCUUACAGCAAAGUGUACGCAAAUAUCUACAAAUUGAUUACGACUUCCCUUGUGUGUGGUGGAACGAUUGUGGAUGGAGCGGGAAGGUACUUGAUUUUCCACGAGAUUGUCUCCUCUAUCGUCCUCUGUCACUGGCACUGGGAGUUAAAUUUUACGCUCGACAAACAGGCCGACUUACACACAGAUGGAGAGACACCAGUGCCGAGCACUUUAAACAUGGUGCUGAAUAAACAGUAAAUACCAGAAGCACGUUUUACGUUCGAUUGGUUGGCGUUAUCGGGGUUUUUGCUUUCGGCUGGUGCUGGGUGGAGCCCCAUCCACCGAGGACAUAAUAAUGUUCAAUUGUCAUACGGAUGAGGCGCACCAUUGCAGACAGCACAACAAUGAAUGUUUGUCAAAAAAACACAAAGAAAAAAAACGUUGUGACAGAGGGACGACAAUAAAUGAAAUCAAUCAUACUUCAAUUGAUACGUUUUGAUGCAAUAUUGUGUUGGGCGAUCUCGAACGAUUGUAUUUACUACGAAUCCCGCAAAACGGUCACUUCUCACUUCUCACUUCUCACCUCGUGUAACGUUACACGGUGAGCUGAACCUUUUAUCGCGAAACAGUGUUUUUUUUAUGAACAACAGGAAGACAAGAUCUAUAACGCUCAAGGACAGUAGAGUAUCUUAUUUCCGGUGGGAAAUAAAUCACCCCUAUUUGGCAACUAAUCCUGUUUGUGGAUUAGUGUGGAGUUAAUGAUAGUGGAAAACACAAAUAAAGCUGUCAAACUAAUUCACGUGUUGGUGGGUUGAUCGGUGACGUUAUCUUAAUUCACAAUAAAUUUUAGCGAUAGUGACUUUUGUUUGCUUUCUAGAUGGAGAACCAAUCCUUUUUUUUGCGCUUUUGGGAAAUUACUAAUUAGAUUUUGUGUAAUGUGAGAGAAUCAAAAAUAAAAGCAAGCGUCAACCUGUUGAUUCACAAUACUAUUCCGGAAAAAAGGUACCGAACGAAACGGUUUCUUUAUCAGCCAAGCCCCGAAAGAUAUGUUUCUGGAAAGAUAAUCGAGCCACGGUAUGGUGUGGGACAAAACCGUGUGCCGCGUAUGUGUAUACGAUGAGCUGAUAGCAAAACAAGGGUUGCAGUGGAUGGGUUUGAUCGUGAGACAAACAGCCAAAUACACACUGUUCUGGCCGAUUUCUUGCGUAAUGCGUAAGAAGCGUGGCACGAGCGUUAGGUAUCUCGCCUAUAUCAGCCGACAAAGAUCAGUUCCGUCGCGUUGCGGUCGAGGGCGUUGUGCAAAACCCUUGCGACCAGACCGGGUCAGUCAGUAGCAGCAACGUGCUGGCACGAGAUCGUACUGUUUUCCGUGGUUGUGCGCGUGCGCCAUUUCCUUGUUUUUUUUGGAGGCGAAUUUUUCAUCUUCUCUUAAGUGACAGUGAAACUAUAAUUAAACAAUUUUUCGUUGCAAGUGUGGUGUGAUUAGUGAAAUAGAGUUAUUGAAAUACAGCUCUUCUUCGUGGUUGGGUGGAAUCAGACGUUCAGUGUAACGCAUCGUGACGCGUAACGCAUCACCAUGAGCCGACGGGACAAUAAUGUGCGGAAAUUGUCCUUCCUAGGAUUUCACACCAAGGAGACCAGCAACGAUGACCCGAACGAGGUACAUCUGGAUGAUGAAAUUGAGCGCGUCUUCGGUACGACAGCCGAAAAGGAACGUUUCGAACUGAACCGCCUGCAGGACGAAGUCAUCCUGGACAACUCGCCGCUCAAGUACGACGAAGCGCCACGCGUCCCGGACAGCGCGGACCGCCAAAUGCUUCAGGACACCACCUCGAGUGCCAGCAACACGAGCAACAAACCGACCAGUGCGCACAGCAAUGAAAGCCGCAAACCGGUAUCAUCACCGCCGACCACCACCCCGACCAGCCCGAUCUCGUUCUCGUCCAAGAGCGAGACGACGGAGACGAAACCGUCGACGGCCAACAACACAACGCUAGCGGACAACACGUCGAACGAUUUCAGCGAAACCGUACACGAUGAGCCGGUGGUCGAUCAGGGCACGGUACAGGGCGAACAGUGGGAUACGAGCGCUAGGCGAAAUGUGCACUUUGACAAGGACAACAGCAAGGGAACUCCGAUCGAGGGCCUACCGAUAGAGGACACCAACGAAGAGCGCCGGCGACGUACGGAGAAACUACUGCAAAGCAAACCCGUCCGUAGUAAAAGACGCCACCAUCCGCACAAAUCGCGGAAAUUCUCACUGCAGGAGUAUCACCCGGAAUGGAGAAGACAGAGCGGUACCGAGGGUGGUCCUACCGGGCGCCGAAUCUCGGUACAGCCGGAAGAUGCUACGCUGCAGGAAGCCGACAUCGACGAACUGACGUCGCAUCGGUCGGACGAUCCGCGGGCACUGCGCCGUCACAAGGUGAGCGCCCAGUCCGGAUCGUCCCUGGUGAACAUCAACCGGAAGGAUGCUCCGCAGCUGCAGCAUCUGCUGCCAUCUAGCAAGUACAAGAAAAUGUACGACCACAGCCCGCACGAGGUGUUCGUCCAGCUGGACGAGCUGACGGGCAGUGGGGAGGAGCGGGAAUGGAAGGAAACGGCCCGUUGGAUCAAGUACGAGGAGGACGUGGAGGAGGGUGCGGAUCGGUGGGGCCGACCGCACGUUGCUUCCCUGUCGUUCCACUCGCUGCUGAAUCUGCGCCGCUGUCUCGAGACGGGUGUCGUGCUGAUGGAUCUGGAGGAGAAGGAUCUGCCCUCGGUUGCUUAUCGGGUUGUUGAGCAGAUGGUCAUCGACGAGCUGAUCCAUGAGGAUGAUAAGGCGGUCAUCAUGCGGGCCCUGCUGCUGCGCCAUCGGCACGUCAACGAAAGCUCGCACGGUGGUUUCUCGUUCGCUCCCAAGCGGAAGUACAGCAGCUACACGAGUCUUCAGUCGCUGUCGAUGCGCGCCGAGGACGGUGGAAAUGGUGAGGUGAUCGUAGGCGUUAGGCGCUUGAAUUCCUUCGUAAGCCCUACACAAAGCUACACGCUCAGUCCACCCUCGCUCCAUCCGAACUCGGUGUACGGCCAGAGCCCGAAUCUUUCCUCCCGCAACCAACCGUCCGGUGGGCAACCGCACGCCCCAUCCCAGCACCCGGCAAAGGAUCGUCAUCAGCGGCACACAUCGAACCAUGGCAGGUGUAGACGGUCCGGCAGCCAGGACAGCAGCAGUACGGCAACGGCGGCGGCAGCGUCCUCCGCCGCGGCAGCAGCUUCCGCCGCAGCAGCACCGGUGACGCUAACCACGGUCACCUGUGCCGUUGGUAUGCGACGAAAUAACUCACCUUUAUCGCUGACAGUUAGUGUCGAUGACAAGAAACCGCGUAUUGUUCCGGCAAACGAAAUCAAUGGACACGGUGGCCAUGGUGAGACGAGAAUCAACAUUACCGAGGAAACAUACACCUCGUCGCAGGAAGACAUCAAGAUGCGUACGCAGAAGGAAUCGAUCCUGAAGCGUAUUCCCGAGGGUGCCGAAGCGACGACCGUACUUGUCGGUGCGGUUGACUUUCUCAAGCAGCCAACGAUCGCGUUCGUGCGCCUAGCGGAAGGUAUUCCAAUGCCAUCUAUUACGGAAGUGCCGAUCCCGGUGCGCUUCCUCUUCAUCCUGCUUGGUCCACAAAAGACCGAGCUGGACUAUCACGAGGUGGGUCGAUCGAUCGCUACACUCAUGUCGAACGAGCAUUUCCACGACAUUGCCUACAAAGCGGACGAUCGGCGCGAACUGCUAUCCGCGAUCAAUGAGUUUCUGGACGAUUCGAUCGUGCUGCCACCGGGCAAAUGGGAACGCCAGGCAUUGCUGCCGUUCGAGGAGCUGAAAGCGAAAAGUGAUAUGAUCCGGUUGCGCAAGAAGAAGGCACUGGACGAAAAGAUCAAGAGCAAACAGCCGCAAUUGUUGACGAGCGAAGAGGAGAAGAAGCUGCUGGCUUCGAGCGGUGGUGACGGUGGUGGCGAUGGGAAGAAACCGCCAAAGAAUCCACUCGAGAAGACCAACCGUUUGUGGGGUGGUUUGAUAAACGACAUUAAGCGUCGGUACCCGAUGUACAAGAGUGACAUCAAGGAUGGUCUCAACACGGAGACGCUGGCCGCAACCGUCUUCAUGUACUUUGCGGCCCUCUCAACCGCCAUCACCUUCGGCGGGUUGUCCUCCGAUAAGACGCACAACCUGAUCGGUAUCUCGGAAACGCUUGUGUCGGCAUCGAUGGUGGGACUAGUGUUCCAUCUGUUCUCCGGCCAACCGUUGGUCAUCAUUGGUACGACAGGUCCGCUGCUGUUGUUCGACGAGGCGCUGAAUCAGUUCUGUAUCUCGAACAACUUCAGCUUCCUGACGGUUCGCGUAUACGUCGGGUGUUGGCUGGCGGUGAUCGCGCUGGUUGUGUCCGCCUUUGAAGGUAGUGUGUAUGUGCGAUUGUUCACACGCUUCACACAGGAAAUCUUCUCGGCCCUCAUCACGUUGAUCUACAUCGUCGAAACCGUUAUGAAGUUGGUGUCCGUGUACGCCAGACAUCCGCUGCUGGCUGAGUAUGUGUACAAGAAUGUGACCGAACCACAACCACUGCCGAUGCCGUAUCUGGAGGAUAGCAAUGGUACAACUACGGUCGGGUUGCUUGCCGAAAGCCUUACGACGGUCGUGAACGAAACGUUGGGAAUUGCUACCGAUUCCGAGAAUCUGCUCAUCCCGGAAGACACUGUUGGGCCACGAAAUCGACCCAACACGGCACUCUUCUGCACCAUCCUGACGCUCGGUACGUUCUCUUUGGCCUACUACCUGAAGUUGUUCCGCAACUCCCACUUCCUGGGACGUAACGCACGACGUGCGCUUGGUGACUUUGGAGUACCGAUCUCCAUUGCUCUGUUCGUGCUGCUCGACUACAUGAUCCCGGAGGUGUUCACGGAAAAGCUGAGCGUACCGGAGGGACUCUCGCCGAGCGAUGAAACACGCCGUGGAUGGAUCAUUCCGCUCGGUGGCGUCCCCGGAUGGUUACCGUUCGUGGCAGGAAUUCCCGCGCUGCUGGUGUAUAUUCUGAUCUUCAUGGAGACACACAUUUCUGAGCUGAUUGUGGACAAACCUGAGCGUGGUUUGAAGAAGGGUUCCGGUUUGCAUAUGGACAUUGUGUUGCUGUGCUUCCUCAAUACGGUCUGCGGAUUCUUCGGUAUGCCGUGGCACUGUGCAGCUACCGUCCGUUCGGUGACGCAUGUGUCAGCCGUCACCAUUAUGUCGAGGACACAUGCACCAGGAGAUUCGCCCCACAUUACGGACGUGAAGGAGCAGCGUAUUUCUGGCUUCUUUGUGUCGCUUAUGGUGGGUCUAUCAGUAACGAUGGCUCCGAUCUUGCGCUUGAUUCCGAUGUCAGUUCUGUUCGGUGUGUUCUUGUACAUGGGCAUAGCUUCCAUGAGUGGAGUUCAGUUCUUUGAACGAUUGCGGUUGUAUCUAAUGCCGGUAAAGCAUCAUCCACAAGUGCCAUUCGUACGGCGAGUUCCAACAUGGAAGAUGCAUCUGUUUACCUUCGUACAGGUAUUGGCUCUGGCCAUGCUGUGGGCCGUCAAAUCGUCACCCUUUUCGCUGGCAUUCCCCUUCUUCCUGAUUCUGAUGGUACCGAUUCGAAAGCAGCUAGAAAAUGUUUUCUCUCCGCUUGAGCUCCGUGCGCUUGACGGUAGUCAACCGAACGAAGGUGCAGAAGAUGAACCCGAUUUCUACGAACAGGCUCCCAUUCCUGCUUAAUUGCAGCUCAGCGUUACAUUUUGUUGGAGUUGUUUUUUUAACGUUGAAAGUGGACGAUCGUUGAAUGACGAUAAAGACUUAAUUUUAUUGAUUUCAUGCUAUUCAUUACCACGUGUUCUGUUCCACCAUGAACGAGCAUGGUUUAUGAAACAGAAGACCUAAAGCAACAAGAACUAACAUAUAUUUAUUACAAAUUAUAACUACCAGCACUAGCAGCAUAGCAAUGGAAUGCUCGAUACAACACCGAAUCAAAACUAUUGACAACAAUUUCCACGUCAAACAUAUAUACAUAUUUCCUCUCCUUUACGUAACGAAAUUAUUAGAAAUAACGUAGGAAAUUCGAUUAAAUGGCAUAAAUCAAAAGAAACGCUACCCUUUGGAUCCGUCUUCCCGAAGAACCCGGAUACGGAGGUGGUAGUGCAGAGGAUCUUGUUCGACAGAUUGAUCAAACACAAAAAGAUGGAAACUGAGUGAGUGUAUGUGUGCGUGUGUGUAUGUGUGCGUAUGCGUGUCUACAACAGUCUGUGAUCAGUAUUACUUACAGGAAGUGAAGGAACUUGCAUGGAACCAUGUGGUCGGUUGAUGGUUUAAGGAAAGGCGCACAGCAUCAAUAGUAGAAUUACAAAUUAAAGAAAAAAAAAGGAAAUGACUCCGUUUUUGCGGUUGCUGUCUCAUUACCUUUACUUCUUGGAAUUCACAUCACUUAAUGGAACGCAAGAGCUCUGGCCAGCCAGUAUCAGGGAAACGAGAAGGAUAUUUGUGACAGGAUAAUUAUUACAGCUCAAACGAGAUGGAUGAACUUGUGUAUUUUUGUGACUAUUUAACGCUAUACAUUGUUUCUAUCCACCGAUGCGAUGUGGCGCGUGUGUACGUGUAAGGGAACGAGUUUGUUGUGUAGUGUUGUAGUGGCCAAGCCAACCAGAAGUACAGUACCGAUCGGUGUGUGUGUGUGUGUGUGUAGUGAGUGUAGCGAGAAUGAGUAGCACGGACCGCCGUAAGGAUGGAUUUGUUUCGUUUAUGUUUCUUGUUGAUGAUCAGAUUAUAUUUUCCACAGAGAUAUAGAUAUAUAUUCACAUUUUGCUUCGCUCGAAAGACAGUUAGAACGGCCAAACAAGGCCAAUGCCUCAUGGAGGGUUACUUAAAGCUAACGGACCACUGGCGCCGGGCAAUGGUCUGGUGUGCAUCGCACGUUUCCUGCCGGCCAUCCAAACGUGCAGUGGCCGCAGGGAGAAGGAAGGAGAGACACGUUUAUGAAGGAGAAUUUUAUCUUACUUCAAUAUUUUUUUAGAUAGUCUGUAACUACUCGAGAGAGAGAAGGAGAGAACCCUUUAAAAAGGGGUAGUAGCCGAGGACGUUGCACAUAGCGUGCAUGUCGUAGAAAACUCAUGGCAUUACUUACACUAGAUUAGUGCAUAUAGACGGUACGAAUUGAAAUUCAUUCUUCAAUUUCUCGCGUCAUCUUGAGGACAUUAUUAGCCUUCUGAUAGCGUGUUAGCGAAACCGAACCAACCCGGUACAAACAAUAAAAACUAAUUCAUAUUUCAUCAUGA